UCAUACAACAGCAGCCAAGGACAAGAGAGCAUCAGCAGAGAGAGGGAAAAGAGGAGAGAGAAAGGUGCCUCCUCUCGCCAUUGCGAUAACUGUCUCGGUGUUGAAUCGAUGUCGGUGUCCAAGCUGCUCUAACAGGAGGCGAUAGGAGUGGCGGAGACGCGCGGGGAUUUAACUUCACACACGGACAAACCUAUGCGUGGAUUUCGGCUCUUUUUCCCUUCGCCAAUGCAAAAGGAAAUAUGCAGCGAAGCUUCACCAUUCUCUACACCAGUUUACUGGGGAUGUGCUUGGGAUCAAGCUCAAGUUUUCCAAGUAACAUCAAUAUAGGAGGAUUGUUCCCCACCGAAUCGCACGAAUAUGAGGUUUUUCGAUUCGCCCUCUCGCACCACCAGGACAUCCCCAAACUGGUGCCGCAGGUGGAUAUGGUCAAGAUGGGGAAUAGCUUCUCCAUGACAUAUGCCUUUUGCUCCCAGUUCUCGAAAGGUGUGUACGCCAUCAUCGGGCUGUAUGACAGAAAGACAGUCAACAUGCUCAUGUCCUUCUGCGGAGCACUGCACGUCUGCUUCGUCACGCCGUCCUUCCCCAUUGAGACGGCCAACCAGUUUGUCAUCCAGCUGAGACCUGAGCUGCAGGACGCUCUGGUGGGAGUGAUCGACCACUACGGAUGGACCAAGUUUGUCUACAUGUACAGCUCUGACUCAGGCCUGUCAGUGCUGCAGAAGGUUCUGGACACAGCAGCGGAGAGGAACUGGCUGGUGACUUCAGUGAACGUGGAGACCAUGACGGAGGCCUCCUUCUUGAAAGUGUUCCAGGAUUUGGACAAGAGGAAGGAGGGCCAGAUUAUCAUUGAUUGUGAGACAGAGAGGCUUACCGGCAUCCUGAAAAAGAUUGUUGAACAAGGCAAAAACGCAAAGAGCUACCACUACAUCCUGGCUAACCUGGGUUUCCUUGACAUCGACCUGACAGACUUGAGGAAAGGUGGGGCGAACAUCACUGGCUUUCAGCUCGUCAACAACUCUGAGCCCAGCGUCAGCCGUGUCGUCCAGCAGUGGAUGGAGUUUGACAACAAAGACUCCAAAGUGCCCAAGAGUGGACUCAAAUACACAGGCGCUCUAACAUAUGACGGAGUGAAAGUCAUGUCCACGGCCUUCCAGAAUUUAAGGAGACAGAGGAUAGACAUCUCUCGCAGGGGCAAUGCUGGAGAGUGCCUUGCCAACCCACCAGCUCCCUGGGGACAGGGCAUAGACAUCCAGAGAGCCCUGCAGCAGGUCCGCAUAGAUGGAUUGACUGGUCACAUUCAGUUCAAUGAGAAAGGCCGCAGAACCAACUACACUGUUAGCGUCAUGGAAUUAGCCCCUUCUGGACCAAAGAAGGUUGGUUACUGGAAUGAAGAUGAAAAGUAUGUGACUACUGCCAGCUUCAUGAGGGGCAGCAACGAUACUUACGGUCUGCAGAACAGGACUUACAUAGUCACCACUAUCUUGGAGUCUCCAUAUGUGAUGCUGAAGAAGAACCACGAGCAGCUGUCGGGAAAUGACAAGUACGAGGGUUACAUCGUGGAGCUGGCUGCAGAAAUAGCUAAACAUGUGGGCUACCAGUACAAACUGAAGAUUGUUUCAGAUGGCAAAUAUGGAGCCAGAGAUCCGGAAACCAAGAUGUGGAACGGCAUGGUGGGAGAACUGGUGUAUGGGAAAGCAGACGUGGCCGUGGCACCUCUCACCAUCACCCUGGUUCGUGAAGAAGUGAUUGACUUCUCCAAGCCCUUCAUGUCCCUGGGUAUCUCUAUUAUGAUCAAGAAACCCACCAAAUCCAAACCUGGCGUGUUUUCAUUCCUGGACCCACUGGCUUAUGAAAUCUGGAUGUGCAUUGUGUUUGCCUACAUUGGCGUCAGUGUCGUCCUGUUCCUUGUCAGUCGAUUCAGCCCAUAUGAAUGGCACGCUGAGGACUACGAGGAGGGCGCAGAGCCGCAGACUCCCGACCAAGCAUCCGCCUCCAAUGGGGUGCAGCAGGGUCAGACACCGACGCAACAGAACACCAACCAGCAGAGUCCCGAGCAGACCAAUGAGUUUGGCAUCUUCAACUCCCUCUGGUUCUCACUGGGGGCCUUUAUGCAGCAGGGCUGCGAUAUCUCACCACGCUCUCUGUCCGGUCGAAUCGUUGGAGGCGUUUGGUGGUUCUUUACCCUCAUCAUCAUCUCAUCCUAUACUGCCAACUUGGCUGCCUUCCUAACAGUGGAGAGGAUGGUGUCUCCUAUAGAGAGUGCAGAGGAUUUGGCCAAGCAGACGGAGAUCGCCUAUGGAACGCUGGAUGCCGGCUCUACCAAAGAAUUCUUCAGGAGGUCGAAGAUUGCUGUGUUUGAGAAAAUGUGGUCCUACAUGAAGGCAGCUGACCCGUCUGUGUUUGUCAAGACGACAGACGAGGGCGUGAUGAGAGUCAGGAAGUCCAAGGGCAAGUAUGCCUACCUGUUGGAGUCUACAAUGAACGAGUACAUAGAGCAGAGAAAACCGUGUGAUACAAUGAAGGUGGGAGGAAACCUGGACUCUAAAGGUUAUGGCAUCGCUACACCCAAGGGCUCCCCUCUCAGAAACCCAGUAAACCUGGCAGUGUUAAAACUGAACGAGCAGGGCCUCUUGGACAAAUUGAAAAACAAGUGGUGGUACGACAAGGGAGAGUGCGGCAGCGGGGGCGGGGACUCCAAGGACAAGACGAGCGCUCUGAGCCUCAGCAAUGUGGCGGGAGUCUUCUACAUCCUGAUCGGCGGCCUGGGCCUGGCCAUGUUGGUGGCGCUGGUGGAGUUCUGCUACAAGUCCAGGACCGAGUCGCGCCGAAUGAAGCAAUCCAUCAACGACGCCAUGCGUUGCUCCACCCUGACCAGGAUGAGUGGCAAUGGAGCGGAGGAGAGAACGGACGAAUCCUCACCCACGAUCCCCAAGACCGUUCAGACGCUGCCCUGUAUGAGCCACACCGCCAGCAUGGGACUGGGUGCCUCUGGCUGUGAUCUUCACAUGACUGUGCUGGCGGCGAGGAAUAGGCAGGGUGGGGCAGAAGAAGAGCGAAGACUCUUAAUGACCUCAAAAAUCAUGGCUGUCUGGUUUGACCCAUCUGUUCUCCUGGCUGUCAAUGUGCCCAACUUGAACAAGACUAAACCUACUGCCAAAAUGCACUCUCAAACCGCUCCUUACAAACUCGAAACAGAGAUUCGCAACAUUUUUUUAACAAGUGGAUGUUUGAAAAAGAGAUACUGGAAAAAAAAGAAAGAAAAAGUGCUGCAAUAAAGAAGCCGGGCGUGUUUUUGAAUUUUUUACAGUGUUCAUUUGUGUGGGGAAAAAAAAGAACUUUAUUCUUCAGUGUGACGCCUGCGCUGUGCCAUCUCAAUGGAGCUGUUGACGUUAGUCUGCGUGUGCAAUAUCUUCACCUCCACUGCUGACCCUGUACUACCUAGAUGCUUUAUGACGGCUGAUGGGAUGUGUCUUUGCACAGAUGUGGCAGAGGAGAACAAACACUUGUGACUGCUACGACGAUUUGAUAUUGUUUUGGGACAUUCCUGCUCGCUUUCACUCUCACAUUUACACGCCAUUUUGGAAGGACAAAGUGCUCUGUGUAGCAUAGCCAGUUUUUAUGAUAUAGUAUAUGGUUUACACUGUUGUAAUAGCGCAAAGAGCCUUGUCAAAAGUAGUUUAAUUUCUCUGUCGGUUUAUGCUGUUUAAAGCAGCGGUUGACCAGGCUACAACGAACAUGCAUUGCUGCUACACCUCAUUUAACACAUCAUGCCUUGUCUUUGUGCCAUAUGACCAUUCUCACAAAUGCACACAGAUACACUAUACACUUGUUGCUACUGGGUCAUACGUGUGACCAACGGAUAGAUGAAAGUUUUACUAUUUAAUGAUCACAAAAACAGUCAGGGGGCAGAUGCAGAAAUGCUCACUCUGACCUGAGGAAGGUUAUAGAAUUUAGAAAAUGAAUUACUCUGUGGCUAUGUACAGUACUGAGUGACCUUACACUGUAUUCUACUGUUGUGACAUUCAUAGCAUAUCCAUCCUUAUUCUAGGAAGUCUGUUUGCAGCACAUGUGAAAGAGCAAAGAUCGUAAAGUUCAGAUAGAAUGGAGAGAAUAUUCCUCAAACUAUUGUUGGAGCUGCAGAUUUCACUCACUCCUGUGAUGUUUUUUAUUCAGUUUUAAUAAAUGGGCAGCAUAGCUACUCACUCUCAAUUUAUGGAGAUCCCCUGAAGAUUGUGAGUGGCCUAUUCAGAAGGAAAGUUUGCCUCCUCUCGCUGAUGCUAGCUAGCUCAGGAACGAGGUGUGACUGAAACACUUGGUGUGACUGACAGAUUCACACACACUAUUAUCUGAGUUUAUUGGAAGUCAAGGUUACGGAUGGUUGUCGCGCUGCUCGGCUGGAGACUUCUCCCUUUCAGAUCAUGUCAAGUAAACAGAAAUCAGAGUGGCAGGCCCUGGACAGUAGCAGGAUAGGAGAUGACAAAGGGCAGACACACUGGGGUUGGCAUGUAGAGCUUAAAGAAAAAUCCCACCUGAUAACAUGUGUAAUGAUGCACUUUGCAUUUCUUGGCCUGUUAGUUGUGCAUUUUAUAUUUCCAAGAGUGACUGACCAACAUUGACAACAGCAGGAUUCAAAUUUUAAAUCAUGUUGGGAUUUAAAAAGAAAGGACAGAAUGUGUAUCUAAUAUCAAAUUAUCCCAUGAUAGGACAUGGCACAGUUGGCUGUAUUUCUGUGAAGCAAUGAGGAUUUAGCAAUAUUUUCAAAAAAAUGUGAUGGCAGUUGUGUGGGCUUGUUUUUCUGUGUUGCAUUUAUUUUUUAAUGUAUUUAAUAUUUAUUUGUCAUAACAAAUAGACAGGCACAAUGCACAGCUUAUUAGCAGUACCAGGCACAGGCUUUUUUUGCAUCUGCUGUCCCUUAGCAGGACACAGAGGAUAACAUCUCUGUAAAUUAAGAUAGUCCAUCACACAUAGAAGCAUGGGCUGGUUCGCUUGAUAGCGUCGGGGUUCCAAGAGUCCUGAACAGUCAGUUCAAGAAGCAGAGCUAAUUUGGUGGAAAAUGGGUAUAAGUAAUUUAAGUAAUUAUUACCAUGAACACACACACUGUAGUUUAUUUUGAGUCAGUCCACUUUAAUGGCAGUACAUAGUUGGAUUAUGGAGAAGUUACUCUGUAUAAGUCACUUAAAAACACCUUUAAAAAAAAGCUAAAACUCUAGUUUCUAGUUUCUGCUACCUAAGUAAAGAGUGGCAAAGUCGUAAAUGACUGAUGAGGUCUAUCUGACUGCAGUGUUGUAUUUAUGAUCACAGGAGCCAGUUAACAGUAUGGAUCAUUUUCUGAUAAAAUGCAGUCUUUUGUUUUUAUUUCCAGUGAUCAUCACACAGGUGUCUCAUCUUAUUUGAGCUGAUGUGAAGAUCAAAAUCGAGUGACGUGACUUUGAAACAGUAAGAAACUAGAAAUGUUUUUAUGUACAAAU